AUGAGCUCCCCUGCUCUGCGUCAUGGCAAGGCCAAAGGGCGCUAUUCAACAAAAGCGCAAAUCCCGAGGUCGCGGAUUGCGCGCGACCACUGUCUAAUCUGCAAGAGGCGACAUGUCAAAUGUGAUGAGGUACGGCCCCAAUGUGGUCCCUGUGCUAAAGGCCAUCGACCAUGUGCUUAUGCCCCAGCGGACUCCCCAUAUAAUCGUCCCUCUCCAGCAGAGGACCCUGCACCUGAAUCCCCUACGGAAUUACCGACUUUCGAUCCGAGAGAUGGAAAUACUCUCAUGCAUGAACCACUGCAGAUAUUAGUUGAUGCUUGCGAUCAAGAACAACCUAUUAAGCAGUUCAGUCCACAGGUCGAAUCACAGACCGACCUCGCUACCUUCACGCCGGAAAACCGUGUCUCUGCUAAUGUCAUCUUGCCCGCUCCUAAUUCUCCAUAUAGUGGCUAUGUGCCAUCACCAGGAACUGAAAGCUCGUUUUCAUCUAGAGCUGCGCCGCUGAGUUGGUUUGAGCUCUUAGCAACGGAUGCUGCCAAUGCCGAUGAACGAUUUCUUCUGUCUCCGCCACAACAAUUCCCGCGAUCCAAUGCUACCGGUCACAACCAUACCCAAGUUGAUACGGACGAAGACCCGCGGAAUAGUUCAAAUUUGCGACCUCGAACUCUACGAGAAAGUCAAAGCUUCAAUGCAGCAGCGUUCCCGCAGGACCCAGAGAUAGUACAGGAAUUUGUUUCGCAGCCUACGGUCCUCCCGUCUGUAACUCCUGACCUUGGAUCUGCCGUUUCUAGUGCACCGUCUUCAUGGAGUUCAGAGUAUAUGAUUGAGCUUUCCCCACUCGAACAUUAUCUCUUUCAACACUUUGUACGCGUUUCAAGCCACUGGUUGGACUUUUACGAUCCCGAGAAAAACUUCGCCUCGAUUGUUCCACAUCUCGCCCUUCAUAAUGUAGGCUUGAUGAGAGCUCUUUUGGCUUUGUCUGCGCGCCACCACUCUCAACAAAAUAACCAGUCUGAAUCAAUAAAAAACCUUUCUGUUGAUGCCGAUGGCAAUUCAUCUCACCGAGAAGCUCAAAUUACCCGUAACUUGGCGGUACAAUACUACUUUGAAUCGCUCCAUUAUCUGAACAAAGCUAUGCAACAUUCCUCUUAUGCUCGCAGUCAUGAAUUGAUUGCUACUGCUAUUCUCAUCAGCACCUACGAAAUGAUCGAUGGCUCGAACCAAAACUGGGAAAGGCAUCUGAAGGGUGUCUUCUGGAUUCAACGAUUCCAAGACAAUGACGGUGAAUCUGGAGGCCUCAGAUCAGCUGUAUGGUGGGCUUGGCUUCGACAAGAUGUCUGGGUUGCCAUGCGCGAGCGACGCCGCGUGUUCAGUUUCUGGAGUCCGAAAAAGCCUGUAUCGAAUUUAUCUGGUCCUGAACUCGCAACUCGGGCUACCUACCUCCUCGCACAAUGCGUCAACUAUGCGUCAAAAGAAGAGCACGAAGCAUCUGAUCUCGAGCGUCGUCUGGAUAAAGGGAGUGAGCUUCUCUUCAUGCUCCAGGAAUGGCAUGACCAUUUACCACCCGAAUACAAUCCACUGCCUGUCAUGUCUAGCUGUGGAAUUUUCCCUCCUAUAUGGAUUAAUCCGCCUUCCUAUGCGGCUGCAUUGCAGAUUCACAGUCUUGCGAGAAUUCUUGUUAUUCUGAACAGGCCUUCUUCUGGGGGCGUUGAAGAUUUCCGGGCCGCGCAGAAACUUCUCACAAUGUCUGUUAAUACUAUUUGUGGGAUUGUGCGGUCUGUGGAUGAAAAGGAUGAGGCAGCAAAUAUUGUCUGUUUGCAUACUAUGUUUGGAGCCGGAAUGUGUGUCUACACUCCACAUGAACGAUUGGCACUUCUUGACCUCAUUGAAACAUGCCAAAGUCGAGUGCGCUGGCCCUUGCAUUCUCUGAGAAAGGAGCUUGAGCUUGAAUAUGGAAAGGACUCGUUCAAUGAUUUGUUGAGAUGA